AUGGAGGAGGAUGAUAACAGUGAUUUAAUAAUACCAGUUUGUGGAGUUAUUAUCGGUGGAUCCCUCAACAUACGAAAGUGUUGGGUUAGGCCAAGUUUAAUGAGUCGCAAUAAAUACAGUACUUGUCAAAGAUUAAGUGAUUUAAAGGAAGACGACGUGGUUCUAUACAAACCCAAUUCUUUUAAGACUUUCCUGUCAUUAACCAGUACCGACUUUGAAUAUUUACUGAAUAUUGUUGGACACAAAAUAGCUAAACAAGACACAAAUUACAGAAAAGCAGUUUCACCAGUGGAAAGAUUGUCAAUAACGUUAAAAUACCUAAGCUCAGGAAAUUCUUUUAGUAGCCUGUGCGACGUCUUUAAAGUAUCUCCUCAACUAAUUUCAAGCAUUAUUCCUGAAGUAUGUGAUGCUUUAGUUGAAGGACUUUCAGAUUAUGUGAAAAUUCCAAGGAGUCAGGAAGGAUGGAGAGAAAUUGCAGAUGAAUAUUUAAAAAGAUGGCAAAUACCCAAUUGUCUUGGGUCUAUGGAUGGGAAACACAUAAAACUUCAAUGUCCCCCAAAAAGUGGAAGUGAUUAUAUUUUAUUUAUUUAUUUAAGCCUUUAUUUCCCAAAAAAGAAAUACAUAAAAUUAAAUAUUUAA